AGAUACUCUGGUUUCGUUUUCUUUUGCCGUAAAUCGAUCGUGCCGUAAAGGGAAUUGUUCCGUUAACGUUAAAGACUGUUUGUACGGUAGCCUAGCAGCCGAAUGAUUAAAAUUUAUCCAGCGACACAUAUUCGAGAAGACAAUUAUGUGGAACGUAAUAUGAGAGCGAAUUUUUCUAUCGCUGCAAGGCACGAAGUUCUGACACUUAAAUGACAGACGGUUGUUAAAGAAUUUUCCAUUUUUUGAUUGUAAGAGAAAGUAUAAAAGAAUGUCUCCUAAACUUGAUUGGAGUGAGUUGAUGAAGAUUGACCCAGAGGUUUUGCCAGGUCAAGAAAAGCUUGCAGAUAAACUACUGGAUUCCUUAUCUAAGGUUGAAAGCAGUGAGCUGAUUGUAAAUGACCCCCCUAAGCUUGUUCAGCUUUUCAAGAUAACGCAAUCUUUAAUGAAGAUGAAAGCACAGGAAGUAGAACUGGCAAUGGAAGAAGUUGAAAAGGCUGGUGAAGAGCAAGCAAAAAUAGAGAGUCAUCUAAAAGCCAAAAUAUUAAAGCUUGAAAAUGAAUUAGAGGAAGCUCAGAUGGCCUCUGGUGGACGAGACACACGUUUUCUUCGAAAUGAGAUUCGUCAGCAAGAGCAGCAAUUGGAACAUAAAGACAAAGAACUAGCCGAAAUGGAGAAGGAACUUAAUAAGGAAAAAAAAGCUAAUGAGAAAUUAACACUUCGGGCAGAAGAGGCAGAGAAAGAAAAUGGCAAACUAAAGAGAGAGAAUGAACAGCUUCGCCAGGAUGUUAUUGAUUAUCAGAAGCAAAUAGACUCCCAGAGAGAAACCUUGUUGUCUAGAAGAGGAGAUGACUCAGAUAUUCGUGCUCAGCUAUCUAAGAAGAAUAAGGAACUUUAUGAGUAUCUGGAUGAUAUUCAGACUUUAACUGAAGCAAAUGAGAAACUAGAUGUUCAAAACCAGGAAAUGCAGAAGAACCUAGAGGAUUCUGUAUUGGAAAUGGAAAAGAUGACCAAUGAAUAUAAUAAAAUGAAAGUUGCUGUACAGCAGACUGAUAUAAUCAUGGAUCAAUUAAGAAAAGAAAAUGAACACUUAAAACUCCAGGUUCAAGAAUUAACAGAGCAACUUCACUCACGAAUGGAGGAGGAUGAUCCAGUGAUGGCUGCAGUUAAUAUUAAAGUUGAAGAGUGGAAGAGAGUUUUGUCUGCAAAGGACAAUGAAAUUAUUGAAUAUCAACAUAUGCUAAUAGAGUUAAAAGAAAAACUGAAAGCAGCACAGCUUGAUUCUGAUAAAGCCAAUGUCAUGGCUCUUCAGCAGGCUGUACAAGAGCGAGAUUUGCAGAUAAAGGUACUUACUGAUCAAGUAGAACAGUGCACAAGUGAAAUGGAAAAAAAUGCACACAUUGUGGAAGAUCUUAAAAACCAGCUUCAGAAGGAUGCAGGGUUUCCAUCUGCAGCACAACAGAAACGAACUCUGGAACUUCAAACACAUCUGCAUCUAGCAGAACAAAAACUGCGCGAUAUGGAACGUGUAGCCAGUCUAGCAGAAUCUGAUGCCAGAGAGAAAGACAAAGAAUUAAGUGAGGCUCUUGCUCGUAUGAGAGCAUAUGAAGCGGGUGAAUAUGGUUUGGAAAAUGCUGUUGCAGAAAUUAAAGAUUAUAAGAAUCAAGUAAAAGUGAGAGAUCAUGAAAUUGAAUCUCUUACAAAAGAAAUUAAUAAACUUGAAAUGAAGAUUAGUGACUUGCUGGAUGAAAAUGAAGAUUUUCGAGACCGUUUAGGCCUGAAUCCCAAAGAUUUUGUUGAUUUAACUGAAUUCCGAAGAACCAAAGCUCUUCGGCAGCAACAGUACAGAGCGGAAAACCAGAUUCUUCUUAAAGAGAUUGAGAGGCUAGAAGAUGAACGACUUCAGCUGAAGAAAUAUAUCAGAGGACUUGUAAAACAAAAGGGAAAAGUUGCUGGUGAACAAAUAUUUGAUGAUUUCAUGGCAAUGGACAAUAUUGCUGACAGCCUGAAAAGCUCUGUCAAAGAUAUUCAUAUUUCUAAUGUAGCAAAUCAAGAAGAGAUUAAACAAAAGAAUGAACAUCUUUUAAAGAAACUAAACAGUAAACAAAAGGAAUUGGAACUAAAGACAGCUGAAUCAGUUCAGCAUGAAUCUAAAUUAAAACAAGUGUCAGAAGAAAAUAAGCAGCUUGAACAAGGUAUGAGAGAAAUAUUACAAGCAGUGAAAGAGGCUCAAAAGGAUUCUAGGAAAGAGAUGGAUCUUCAUAUUCCCACAUUAGAAAGACUUGUGCAUGCAAUAGAAAUGAAGAAUUCUGAGCACACAUUUGAUGCCAAUGUUUAUCUGAAAGCUCAAGUUGACCAACUUACUGGACGGAAUGAUGAACUACGAAGGGAAAUAAGAGAAGCUCGCAAAGAAGCAGCAAAUGCUAGUAACCAGCUGGAGAAAGCAGUUGAGAGGGCAGUUCAGAUGGAAAAUGAAAUGAAAUUGCUGAAACAGACAAGUAGAAGUGGAAUAGUGCUAAAGGCUCACUCUCUUCCAGAUGAAAUUGUACCAUCAAGUGCAGAAAUAAUUAAUUCUUUAAAUGAAUAUAUAAUUGGACUAUUGCAGGAACUGCACAAUAAAGAGGAGUGUACAAAGAAACUUGAAGGAGCUUUGGAGGAAUAUAAAAGAAAGUUUGCUGUCAUUAGGCAUCAGCAAGGACUGCUGUAUAAAGAAUAUCAGAGUGAAAGAGAGUUGUGGGAGCAAGAAACACAGAAAAAUCAAGAACUUAAAAAUCAGCUUCAGGAACAGAAGGUUCUGGAUGAUGUUAAAAUACAAGAAUAUAACCACUGGUUAGAUGUAAUGCAGAUGGACUCUGAAGAAAUAAAGAAACAAGUGGCUGAAGCUGCCCGGAAAAGGACCAUUCUGCUUGUAAAUGAGAAGUCCCUUACAAGACGAUACACAACUCUGCUAGAAAUGGAGCAGCAUCUCCGAAAGGAGAACACCAAAUUAAGGAGUGAAAUAGCAUCAAUGGAAUCGGCUGUGGUAGAAAGAAUUGGCUACUUACAACGAUAUAAAGACAUGGCAGCAUUCAGAAUUGCUUCUUUACAGAAAAGUUUGGAUAACAGUGUUUCAUCUACAGAACUUGAAAAGGCAAAUAAACAGUUUAAUGAUCUGACAAUCAAAUACAGAGACCUUUUACAAAAGGAUAAUAUGCUAGUUCAGAAAGCAGUCAGCUUGGAGCAUUUGGAGGGUGAAAAUGCAGUACUCAGGAGCCAUAUUGACCAUCUAAAUAAAGAACUGGAAAUUACAAAGGAAAAGUUGUACACUCUGGAGCAGUCAUGGGAGUACAUUAAUAAAUUAGGUGCAGAAGGUACAAUGGAUAAGGCCUCCAAAGCAAUAGCAAACAGUGAAAUUUUGUCUAUAUCUAAGAAAAUAACUAUGCUGGAAAUGAAAGAGCUCAAUGAAAGACAGAGAGCAGAGCAUGCUCAUAAAAUGUAUGAAUGCUUAAGAAACUCUUUAAAGCAGGUGGAGGAGCGAAAUUUUGAACUUGAGAACAAAUUUUCAGAAGUAACUAAACAGAAUUUAAAAGCACAAAAGGUAGAACAAGAGCUGCAGGAUGCACUUACUCAAAGUGUUAGCAAGGACAUUAGUGAUGCUGAUCGGGCAAGAAUAAUAGAGUUGGAAAAAUCAGAAGCAACACUGAACACUGAAGUGUCAAAAUUAAGAGAAAUUGCUGAUAUUGCCAAGGCACAAGUUAUUGCCUUGGAAGCUCGACAGCUUUCAAGAGAAAAAGAGGUUGAAGCGCUGAGAAAGCAGGUCUUGGAUUAUCAGGCUCAGUCUGAUGAAAAGGCCCUGAUUGCAAAACUCCAUCAGCACAUUGUAGCCUUACAGGUUAGUGAGGCCACUGCUGUCAGCAAACUGGAGAUAACAGUGACUAAGCUUCAGAAGCUGGAGGCCUACAACCUAAGGUUGGAGCAGAAGAUUGAUGACAAGGAGCAAGCUUUGUAUUAUGCUAGACAGGAAGGACGUAAUCGAGCUAAGCACUUACAGCAAACUGUGCAAUCACUUCGGAGACAGUUUAGUGGUGCUUUACCCUUGCCACAACAAGAAAAGUUUUCAAAAACAAUGAUACAGUUGCAAAAUGACAAAGUGAAGAUCCAUAAGGAGAUGCAACAAGCUGAAGAGGAAAGAAGAAAAGUCGAAGACAAAAUGCUUGAGCUGGAAUUGAAGUUGAAAGGAUUAGAAGAGCUAAUAAGUACCCUGAAGGAUGCCAGAGGAGCACAGAAGGUCAGUGAAUGGCAUAAAAAAAUGGAAGAGCUCCGUCUUCAGGAACAGAAGCAGAACAGAGAACUUGGAAGGCUAAAGGAAGAAAUUAAAUAUCUAAAGAACGUAAUUGCUGAGCAAGAACAAGCAGUUUGCCAACUGGAAGAGGAACUUGUUCAGCAGAGUAGUUUUCAUGAGGAACGGCAACUUUGUUGGGAUCAGAGAGAAGCAGAACUGGAACGACAGCUUGAUUUAUAUCAGCGACAGCACAAUGAAGUACUGAGUACUGCACAAAAGUUUGAAGAAGCUACAGGAUCGGUUCCAGAUCCCAGCUUGCCUCUUCCACAACAGCUUGAUAUGGCCUUAAGAAAGAUCAAAGAGCAUGUUCGUACUAUUUUGGAGACAAAAGCAGCGUGCAAGAACUUAGAAGAAAAAAUAAAGGAAAAAGAAGCAUCUCUGUGGAAGGCUGAGCAGAAUGUAUUAUCAAGAGAUAGAGUGAUCAACGAACUAAGACUUCAUCUGCCUGCCACUGCCGAAAGUGAUAAGCUCAUUGAUGAACUGAAAAAAAAUGAAGAAGAUGACAAUGAAUACCAGAAAUCUUUGAAAGUUGCCCAGCAAGCCAUUUCCAGUCUGCAUGUUAGAUUAAAUCAAAAGGAGGAUAUAAUAAAGAAAUAUCAGCAUAUGUUAACCAGAAGCAGAGAGGUAAUGCCUGUUCUUGAAAAAAAACAUGAAGAAGAGCUUAGACUUUUACAUCAGAAAUUGGAUAUGCAAUCAGAUACAUCACUGAACAAAUUUAAACAAUCAGCCCUGGAAUUAUUGAAGAGACCAAGCUUUUCAAUUCCGACAACAAAACACUUAACACGACUUGCUGAGAUGGAACAAACUGUAGCUGAGCAGGAUAAUUCAAUCUCAGUGCUUUCAGAAAAGCUACAAAAAUUAACAUUAGAACUGGAAAAACAGAAGCAAAUUACCAUUUUAAAAAUGAAGGAACAUGAAAACGAAAAAUCAAAGAUUGAAGAGAGACACAUGGCCGAAGUAAACAAAUUAAAAGAAUCAGGUGAUGAACUACGAGGCUUACUAACACAGAUGGAAAAAGAGACAAAUUAUUUAAGAACAGAACUGGAGGCACAAAAGGAAGCCAACACUAGAGCACCAACUAGUUCAAUGAAGAAUUUGGUGGAAAGGCUUAAAGCUCAGUUAGCUCUUAAAGAAAAACAACAAAAGGCUCUGAGUAAGGCAUUACUGGAACUGAGAUCAGAAAUGACUGCUCAUGCAGAACAGCAGAUAAUAACAAAUGCUGCUCAAAAAGAAGAAAAUCUUAAUAUUCAACAGCUUGUUGAUAAGCACACAAAGGACAUGAAGUUGCGCCUUGACGAACUUACAGAGCAAUUACUAACUACAAAAGAGAAUUUGAAAGCACUUAAAAACAAGGAAGGGUCCUUAAAAGGUGAGAUUGAUGAUUUAAACUUGGAACUCCAGAAAAAUCAAAAGGCUUUAUCUAAAGUGCAAACAGAGAGAGAUGAACUUGUCCAAGAAAAUGAAGAGUUAAAGAAGAAAAUCAAAAGACUUUCCUACAGUAUGCAGGCUAGAUCUGAUGGAGAAAGAAAACUGCCUGCUUUAGAGGAAUUGCAAAAGAAAAUAAAAAGGUUAGAAGCUGAACUGGCAAAUAAAGUUUCAUCAGAAAAUAUGGAUAAAAAGGCAAUAAAAGAUGAUAAAGCACCAAAAGAGGAACUAAUACGAUGGGAGGAAGGCAAAAAAUGGCAAACCAAAACUGAAACAAUGCGAAACAAACUAAAAGAAAAAGAAAAGGAGGUUGAAUCUCUAACAAAACAGCUUGCUACUAUGAAAGACCUAUAUUCAAGGCUUGACCAAGAAAAAGCAUCUUUGCAAAGAAAAGUUAAAUCACAGGUUGUGACUGUAGAUCAGGUAGUGGGUGUUCAGACUCGGGAGCAUGAAAAAGAAGUAGAGGACCUGAAAAGAAGAAAUGUAGAAUUGGAAAAUGAAAUAAGUAAUAUAAGACAAAAACAAGCUUUGCCUAGGGACACUGCAGUUGAGCAUUUAAGUACUAAAAAUCGUUUCUUAGAAGAAAAAGUCCAUGCUUUAGAAAGACAACUUUCAAAAGAAACUAACUCAAGGCUUCCUACAUCUGGAGUGGGGUCAGAUUCACAGUCUCAACGAUACCAUGAUGUGCAGAAGGAAAACCUUAAGCUCUCCUCAGAAAAUGUUGAAUUACAUUUCCAGUUAGAACAGGCAAAUAAGGAUUUGCCAAGGUUAAAGGAUCAGGUUGACUCUUUGAAAGAGAUGUGCGAACUUCUUAAAAAGGAUAAGAUGGAUCUAGAAAAAAAGCUUGGAAAUGUGAGAGGGUCUGGACGUAGUGGUAAAUCUGUUCCAGAGCUUGAGAAAACAAUUGGCUUAAUGAAGAAAGUAGUUGAGAGAGUUCAAAGAGAAAAUGAUGAACUGAAAAAAGCUUCUACAUUAUUGUCCAGAGAGAAACGUAUUUCUUUAGAAAAUGAGAAUGAAAAACUUAAGGCAGAAGUUGAAAAAUUGAAACUAGAGCGGGAAGCACAAGUUAAUAUGAAACUGGAGUCUAAAACAAAAGGAAUGGAAAAAGUGCUUGCAGAAAAUGAGAGGCUACGUAAAGAGCUGAAAAAGGAGGCAGAAACAGCAGAAAAACUGAAGAUAGAUAAAAAUAAUCUGGAAAUUUUAAAUGAAAAAAUGAUGACACAGCUGGAGGAAACCAAUAAAAGAUUAUAUUCUGCAGAAAACAGAGAAUUGUCCUUUGAAGGUGCAAACAGCAAAAGCUCAAAGUCAGUUGUAGUGACAAGAAUGUAUGAAAAUAAAAUGAAACAGCUAGAGGAUGAUAUUAGCAAGAAGAACAAGCUUAUUGCAGAUCUACAGCAACUUUUGCAAGAGGGGACUCAGCGAGAACAGUUAAUGGAGAAAGACAUCACUGAAUUAAAAGAACAGAUUGAACUGCUGAAACAUUUUCCUGAGGAAGCAAAGACAGAAUCUGGUCGCUUUACUGAAUUGCAAAACAUCAGACUCAAAAACAGUCAACUGGAAAUGGAGAACUCUCGACUCACGCAGCUGGUAGAGGCUUUUAGAAAACAGAUGGAUACAGUGUCAGAUGGGAAAUCUGGAACUGAGCAUACUGACCUACUUGAAAAAGGUAUGAAGCAUGAUGAAUUGUUGGCAAAACUAGUAGAACUUCAAAGCCAAUUAAGAGCAACUGACCUUCAAAAAAGACAAUUGGAGGAUGUAGUGAAAAAUCUAAGAAAGGAACUUGAGAACUUUGACCCAGCAUUCUUUGAAGAGAUUGAAGAUCUAAAAUACAAUUACAAUGAAGAAGUAAAAAGAAAUAUUCUUCUUGAAGAACAGAUAAAGAAACUUUCUGAGCAGAUUGGAGUUCAUGCUAACAUUCCACCUAAUGAUUCUAUGGAAUAGUUUUGUGAAUUCUUUUGUUUAGACACUGUAAAUAUCUCAUACAGUAUAUAUAUAAUUGUUGAAGUAUUAAUGAAGUAAGGAACUUAUUGAUGUUUUUUAAUUAUACUUGAAAUGUUUAUUUUAAUACAUUGAAUUGAUACAUUUUCUAUCACUUGUUGUCUUUUAUUUACAUAAAAUAUAACAAUAAAA